GCCCUGAGGGACAUACACCACGACAUGAUCUCCGCUGGGGCCGAAGCGGCGCGCCUGCCAGUGGAGUGGCGCAUGUUGGAGGCGUUCGCGCGUGAAUUGUCCAUCUGCAUGAACAUCGAGCGGAACAUCGUCCUCCUCCGGAACCACAUGGCGAAGCUUGACGGCCUCGAGGAGCUAGCCACUCAGGAGACGCGCAGGACGUGCCGCGUCGAGGAGGGAAUACGCUUCUGCGACAUGCUGAAGGACGACAUCGAGGGCCUGAAGGAGCUGCCCGAGACCUCGGACGACCUCUCCGCGACGCUCGGCGCCUACUCCCUCUUGG